GAGCCCCAACAAAUUGUGCUGAGUGACAGAGAAGAACAAGAGAGACAAAAAGAGAUGAUGGCAAUGGAGAAUUAUUUCCUUGCGUUUGGAGUUGGAGAUCAUCUUCUCCAUCAGCCAUUUUCUCUGGAAAUGGAGUCUCCUAUGUCGUCGUCGGAGUCGACUGGUUACUUGCAAGAUGCGGUGGUGGAAUGGAGUGAGAGGUGCAAGCGGCGACGAAUAGUUUCACCGUUCAGUUACGAUCCUCCAAUGAUGACGGUGGCGCCGACCGCCGCUGAAGACAUCCAAGAGCUUCUUCAAGUGUUUUGGGGUUCAAAUUGUGCUGGGAAUACCUAUGGAGACUUGGACUCCUUGUUUCAAGAAAGCAGUAUUGUCUCAGACGAGAACACCUUCAACUUCUGGGAGGAAGAAACAGAGAAAACAUUUGCAAAAGCUCAAAAAGAAACACUCUUCUCUUCUCCAUCCUCUUCUUCGCACGAGAUCUACUCAACCAUUUUACCCAAGAAGAUGAUUACUCAUGAUUCCUCAACUGCGAAGCAAAAAGAAGAAGAAAACGGAGAGAGAACAAUGAAGAGGAGGAAGAAGAAAGUGGCUUAUCCUUUCACAGUUUUGAAGCCAGCAGGGCUUGAUGAAGGAGAAGUGACUCUUGCAGAGAUUAAUGAGAGGCUUUUGAUGCGGCCGAUGAGGCCGGUGAGGCAUCCCGUGGGCGAGUUUAAGUGCAUGCCUUGUGUGCCGGACGUCGGCGGCGGGCCGGGGCUUUCCGGCAAGGCGGUCGUGGGACUCACAAGGAUUCAUACACAGGGGAGGGGGAGUAUUACUAUUAUAAGAACAAGAGGGUGAUGAAGCGAUGGCUUUUUUGUUCCGUGCUAGUUUAGUUAAUUAUGAUCUUUUGUACAGGGGAUAGAUGGCUAAUUAAGUGAAUUGUAGAGAUAUAUAUGUAAUUUUGUAUCUUUGUAGUGGUUUUAUAUGAUAUAAAUUUAUGUUAGCUGAUGAA